AUGGCCAUCCUGCAGGUCCAUCAUGCCAAGGAGUUGGGAGAGCUCCACGAGGGAAAUGUGGCAUUAGAUGGAGUGGCAACACAAUCCACAACAUUAGAAAACUGGUCUGCUGACAGAGGAAUCGAUGGAGAUCGAGGUCUCCUGCAGCAGUAUAGCGGGUGCGCUGCAACGGCUCCUGGGAAUAGUAACCCACGGUGGAGACUGGAUCUGCGUGACGUGUACCGUGUGAACAGAGUCGUCAUCACAAACAGAUUUGACUGCUGUACAGACCGAGUAAACGGAGCAGAGAUUCGCAUCGGAAACUCUCUGGAGAACAACGGCAACAACAAUCCCCUAUGUGCUGUCAUUCUUGGUAUCCCAGCAGGUCAGUCCUUUACCUACUCGUGUGGUGGAAUGGUGGGACAUUAUGUGAAUGUUUUCCGUCCUGGAAAUGAAGAGAUUCUUACUCUGUGUGAGGUGGAGGUCUAUGUUGAAGACAUCUGUAAACAGAGAGCUGCUGUAAGGAUGCGGUUCAGCUCUAGAGAGGAUUUGACUGACUUUACAGUAAGAGAAAACAUCCUUCAACAGCUGCAGUCUGCUCUGGCAUCACACAUCUCUGAUUUUAAUCUGACCUGGACACAACUACCUGAGAAAGAGAAGAACAGACGGGGAAUAUGGGCAAGUACACAGACUUUAACAACAACUUGACUGAUCAACAGAGAAAAAACUCUUUACAUUUACGCAUUUGGCAGAUGCUUUUAUCCAAAUCGAGAUACAUUGCAUUAUACCAUACAUUUUUCAUGUGAACUGCAGAAAACACAUCCAUACA